GGAGAUGGACUAUGUACGAAAAUAAAGCCUUUAGACUCCAAAAGGGACUUCCAUCCCUCCAUUUUUUUAACACUUAUGCUGUUCAGGGUUGCUGGUGAGCUAGAGCCUAUCCCAGCUGACUUUGGGAGAGAGGCGGGUACACUCCGGACUGGUCAUCAAACAAUUACAGGCCAAGAGACUAGCUUUUUCACAAUUUGAAGAAAAAAUUAACGUCAUUGUCCAAAUACUUCUGCCCUUUAUAUGAAAAAUACAUUAACAAUGUUGACUGUCUGUUCUCUAUUUUCUUUACUUUUUUCCCCGUAAAUCUCACAGUUCUCUUUUCCUGUUACGUUUCACUAACCACAUCCUGGCUGCGGUUUCCGACGGUAUACUGGCAACUGCUGUUUUCUCAAGUGAACACGCACAUAUGUCGCCCUUUGGCAGACCAUAUUCUUUCAUUCUCAUUACACCAACCACAUACACUAGACAAUUAAUGAUUACACACAGUCAUGGUAAGUUACUGUCCAAUCUGUGGGAAGCCUGUCUAUUUUGGUGAGAAGAAGAGGUCUUUAGGAAGAGAUUAUCAUCCACUCUGUCUGAAAUGUCAAAAAUGUAGAAGGCAGCUCACAGCUGGACAACAUGCUGAGUAUGAUGAGAAGCCAUAUUGUUCAUACUGCUACAUGAAGAUGUUUGGUCCAAGAGGUAACAGGUGAGGAGCAGAAAUAGUCUGAACUCAACUGGACUGAGUGAACUGAUUUACCAUUAUUGACUGACAAGGAGAGGAGAGAAAAUAAGAAUGAUGUACUAAACUGUAUCAAUGUAUUCAAUUUAAAGGCUGAAAAAAUA